CGAAAGAAUUUUUCGGGAUUCAUCCAACGGGAUGCUUUCCAUCAUGCAUCAGCGCUUGUCGUGAUUACAUAUCACCUCUGUGCAAAUACGUCACCUAAAUUGGUGUUAGGUUACAUCUCGCAGUCAUAAUCAUGUCGUCGAUGUUGUUAUUUCACCGAGCAUUUCCUACUUGACCUGUGCCAGACUAGAAACUCUCUGUUCUUUGUGUGCUGAUUAUUUUAACAGCCGCACUAGUGAUAAUCCCCUCGUGAACACAGCUUCAACUGAAGAGUCAGUGUGUUAUUGUAAAUCGAUGAUGUCCCGUUUCAACCUUCCUUAUUACGCUGGCCGCUUGGUUCUUGUAACCCUUCUCAUAGCACCGACAUUGUUUUACGUUUUUCGGCCGGAUCAUCCACCCCACGCCGAUUUCUAUGAAUCUAAUUCCACAAGGACAAAUCAAACCUCAAGCAGUAAAGAUAGUCCGCUCGAGUGCAACUCACCCCUAAUCCCGGAUAAUAAUACCGGCCAAUGUCGACCGCCGUGUGCCUGGACCUCACAGUCUCCUUUGACUCAGAAGGUGUACUAUGGAGUUGUUGUGAUUAGUCUGUGGUUGGCGCUUAUUGCAACAAUCAUCACGUUUAUCACUUGGGCCAGCAUAAAAAGCCUCCGCGAGUUUCCUCACGUUUUACGUUUUCACAUAAUUCUCUGCUGCAUUUUGCUUGCCUGCUUCAAAAUGAUUCCAGUACGGAUAGGACUUGAGAAAGUUUUCUGUCGUGAACAGGCCUUUUGGCAGGCAGGAGGUCAUUCUUCGCUCUCUGCAGUAAUUCUAGGUGCUGGGUCUCAUUAUUUGUUUCUGGCGCAUUCUUUUUGGGCCAUGUGCUUCGUAGCGAAUACUUAUGCAGUGAUCAUUCACGACAAUCGAACUGUCUUCAAACACCCAAUCAAAAUCCAUCUUGCGCAGUCGAUGCUGAGCUGGCUGGUGCCCGCAUUCAUAGUGGCCGGCUGUCUUUACGUUUCUCCACCCGGCUACACGUUUCUCUUUAUGGAUCAUAUGUCUGCAGGUGCACAGAGCAUUCAAAUGGCUUACUUCGCCGUCACGCUACCCCUGCAAGUCACGUUAUUUGUGUCACUUAACCUGCUCUGGUCCAUCGUGUGGCAUCUCAGAAAGGCGCGCCUGGACUCGACCAGACGUGUUAUUCGUGCCAGAGAAGAGAAAGUUUCCAUGCGCCGAAUCGAACGUCAGUUUUUGAGCAUGGCUGUUGUUAUGAUGGUUUUAGCGGCAACUGUUGGGUCGAUCAAUACUAUGAUAAUGUACCGUACGGACAAAUUUUUGCACGAUGCUGAAAUGUACUUUCAUUGUCUGCAGACUUCAAGUAACUGCACUUCACCCACUUAUUUCACUGUGCUUCCACUGAUCAACUUAGUGGCCCCAGGCUUCCUCUGCCUGGUGUUCUUUUUCCUGUUACUUAUGAACAAAGACUGCCGUCAGAUAUGGACGGGGUAUUUCGCCAAGUGCAAGAAGUGUUUCCGGCUAUGUGGACAGCCUUUGAGAAAACCUCGUGCCGACACUGAACUCAGUAAAGACUCCAGAUGUUCCUCAGUUCUUACCGUGUUGAGUCCAGAUCCCAGAAGUUCGGAGUUGUACGGCAGCCAAACAUUGGUUGAUCCUAAGAACAGAAUACUUCCUUCCUUUCCUUUGCCGCGUAGCGUCGCCAGAUUAAAAGCAGAAAGCGUUAUACUGGUAGGGAUAAAACCUAGAGCAUCUACGCUAAGUUUGCCAGCGAUGAUGGGUCCAAAAGUGAAUAUUUCAAAUUCAACUUUUCAGAUCCCUUCGUCACCGAAUGGGUUGGAUCCACGAUCAAGAAGUACUUCAGUACCUGUAAUUCUUCAACAAGAACCGGGAACAGCUAGCACCGACAGUGAACAAGGACGCGUUAACUCUUAUAUUCUCAGUGCACUGUCACGAGAUUUAGAAGUUUCGAGAAGUAUUAACAGCGAGGAUUCUGAUGCAAACAGCGAAACUGACAAAUUCAUUUCGAAAUCUUCGGAAUCUCCUUCCCCGUCUUAACAAAUAGAAUUUUAAGCUUAAAAUUAACGAUCGUACACGCUGAGGCUUUAAACAAGAAAAAAUAUGAACUUGGACAAGUUAGAUAUUUAAAUGCUAGUGGUUUAUGAGUUUACACUACUGAAAACAAGAAAAUUUAAGUUGUUAUACAUUUUCUUUCCUCUUGAUCUUAGGCGGGUCAAAGCAAUUGUUAGUGGAUGCAAUUUACUUUUCAACAGCAUUUCCAAUUGUUGAUAGUUUUUUCUGAAGUGAAAUAUCGCGGCCUAACUUGUGUAUAGGAGAAGCUAUGAUGAUGAAAACGAUGUCGUCGCAUCGACGAUCAUGAAGACAACGUUGGUUGUGAUAAUGACUACUAGCUUGUUCCAGACUUUCAGUCAGUAAAACCAAGCGCGAGAGUAAAUUGGGACCAUUGUGGCAGAGGGAGGUUAGGAUCGAGUAAGCGACUCGGCCAAAGCCUCCCUAGUUUUUCACUCUAUGGCUGGACCUUUUGCUAUUUCGCACGGAUUUCGCUCUGUUUUACUUGGUGAAAUGCCUGGAACAGUUUAGAUAAUGACACACUAUGGCAGUGACUAUGAUGAUAAUGGUGACUACACAGGUGGCACAAGCUCCGUCACAGGCUCUUUCACAGUGGAUUAUUAAAGAGUUUGUAUAGUGGUUUAGUUGGACUUGCUUUUGA